CUGAGGUGCUCGGACGGCAACAGCGCGGAGGCCGCCUCUUCCCUCCGCCGCCGUCUCGGCGCCCGCCCGCUGGCCGCCGGCCAUGGCAGGGGCCGGGGGCGGCGGCUGCCCCGCGGGCGGCAACGACUUGCAGUGGUGCUUCUCGCAGGUCAAGGGGGCCAUCGACGAGGACGUGGCCGAAGCUGACAUCAUCUCAACUGUUGAAUUUAAUUACUCUGGAGAUCUUCUUGCAACAGGAGACAAGGGCGGCAGAGUUGUUAUUUUUCAGCGGGAACAAGAGAAUAAAAGCCGCCCUCAUUCUAGGGGAGAAUAUAAUGUUUACAGUACCUUUCAAAGUCAUGAACCAGAGUUUGAUUAUUUGAAAAGUCUAGAAAUUGAGGAAAAAAUUAAUAAAAUUAGGUGGUUACCACAACAGAAUGCUGCUCAUUUUCUACUCUCUACAAAUGAUAAAACUAUUAAAUUAUGGAAAAUAAGUGAACGGGAUAAAAGAGCAGAAGGUUAUAACUUGAAAGAUGAAGAUGGACGACUUCGAGAUCCAUUUAGAAUUACAGCACUACGGGUCCCAGUAUUGAAGCCCAUGGACCUUAUGGUAGAAGCAAGCCCACGGCGCGUUUUUGCAAACGCUCACACGUAUCAUGUAAAUUCCAUUUCAGUAAAUAGUGACCAUGAAACAUAUCUUUCUGCAGAUGACCUGAGAAUUAAUCUGUGGCAUUUGGAAAUCACAGAUAGAAGUUUUAACAUCGUGGACAUUAAGCCUGCGAACAUGGAGGAGCUGACGGAGGUGAUCACCGCGGCCGAGUUCCACCCGCGCCAGUGUAACGUGUUUGUCUACAGCAGCAGCAAAGGGACCGUCAGACUGUGCGACAUGCGCUCCUCUGCCCUGUGCGACAGGCACUCCAAGUUUUUCGAAGAACCUGAGGAUCCCAGCAGUAGGUCUUUCUUCUCAGAAAUAAUUUCCUCCAUCUCCGAUGUGAAGUUCAGUCAUAGUGGUCGGUACAUGAUGACCCGAGACUACCUGUCGGUAAAGGUGUGGGACCUCAACAUGGAGAGCCGGCCUGUGGAGACCCACCAGGUCCACGAAUACCUUCGAAGCAAGCUUUGUUCUCUGUACGAAAAUGACUGCAUCUUUGACAAGUUUGAGUGCUGCUGGAACGGUUCGGAUAGUGCAAUCAUGACGGGGUCCUACAACAACUUCUUCAGGAUGUUUGAUAGAAAUACACGGAGAGAUGUUACACUGGAAGCUUCCAGAGAGAACAGCAAGCCUCGAGCCAGCUUAAAGCCUCGUAAAGUAUGUACAGGUGGUAAGAGAAAGAAGGACGAGAUUAGUGUGGACAGUCUGGACUUCAAUAAGAAGAUUCUCCACACAGCCUGGCACCCUGCAGAGAAUAUUAUUGCUGUAGCUGCCACCAAUAACUUGUACAUAUUCCAGGACAGAAUCAACUAAGGCAGCGAGCGUGAGGACCGCGUCUUGUCCUGCAUAGUCGAGCCCAGUGGUUUUCUGUCAGAGCAGGGGCGUCCUCCUCUGUGCAGAGCAGCAGUACCUUCCUGCUUCCUCCAUAGACUGGAGUGGGCUACCCUUGCGGAGUCCAUGACGCGUCUGCCUUCAGUGAGGUGAGCCUCGGGUGUCGCUGCUCAAGUGAAAACCCGCUCGAAGCAGAAUUGACAAACAGUGCUUAAUAAAGGCCAUUAGUCAAAAUAAAUGUAUUUAUUUAAAUCUGAGCCUUCCUUUCCAGUUUAUACACCAAAAAAUUAAAUCCAAGAGAAAAGCUUUUGUCAGAUAAAAUCUCUUUUCCCUCCAGCUCUCUUCCCUCCUCCUCCGCCCUCAUACUUGGGCCUUCACGUGCACAUGCCAUGGCGACUGUCUGCCCUCACCUCUGCUUUCCUCUGAGCCCGGGUGGGCACACCGUUGAUGCGCAAAUUUGGCCCGAGCAGGCUCAGGCGGCUUUACUCCCCCACACACCUGUACCUACCAUCACACCUUCUGGUUUACAACCACUUAAAUAAAGCAACACACUAUAAAAAGUGUUUUUAAAUCCAAACGGAAGUAUCGUCUUUUUAUUUGCUUUAAUUGCAUAUAAUGAGAUUAUGCAGAAUUAUGCUUUGGAACAAUUUGGAAGGCUUUUGUCCUUCAUUGGCAGAAUGGUGGCACGUGUGCAGGACUUCACACCCUGAAUGUAGCUAUCCCCAGACUUCUGUGACUUGGUUUUGUUUGUGUAGAAAUAGUACAUGACACACCAGGUAAGGUCAAGAAAAGCCUUAACUAGACCCCGUCUGAGACAGCAACCUGCAAGGAACAGUCACAGAAUUGCUGCUAUAAAGUUAACACCUGGUUUCAAGUACACCUCAAGUUCACUGCCAUUGAAGACUUACAUGCUUUCUUUUUAAAACUUUUUUAGAAGUACUUAGGGGGGAUAUGCUUUUUAAAAAUUGCUAAAAUUAUAUGCAUGCUGAAUUUCAUAUUGCAUUUCAAGCCAGCAGAAUUAAAUCAUUUUAAUUACUAUGUGAUACCACCAGUACCUUAGUGACUUAUUUUAAAAGUAGGAUCUUUGAUAUCAGAAAUCAGGAUUUCACAAAACAAAAAAUAUAGAGCUGUAACAAUACUAAGUGAUUGGAGCUUGCUAUGUGGAAUUUCACAUAUGAACCCAAAUCACUGUGUCCUGCAGAGGGUGAGGUGGGAGAGCCAGGCUCAUACUGUAGCUCUUGAAAUUGGUGUAGUAUGAUUUCUAAUGAUAUAGAUAUGCAAGGACAAAAUGCCUUACCAUUGAUUACCCUGAAUUAAUAUUAACAGAAUGCCACUUAAGUUCAUAUUCAGUUUAAAAAUUGAGAAUCUGAAAGUACAUUUAUUUUAAUUUUAAAAUAAUUCUUAUACUGUAUAUUGGCUGUGACACAAUUUAAAAAUCUGAGAUAUGGGACAGACUUAAGUAUUAGUCAACCCUGGUCCUUAAGAAAGAAGCAGUUCUAGUAAAAUACGAUUGUAUAUAUUUGUUCAGCUAUUUUGACCAAAAAAUUUAAUAAAUUUUAAGUAUUUAACUGGA